AUCUGUAGAUGUCAUGAAGUUCACUGUUCUUUAGCACUGUUAGUUUUUGUUUUAGCGCACUUUUCUCUUCAUGAUGAUGAAUUGACGGCAUUAAGCAUGUUUUGCUUGUAGCCAACAUAAAUAUGCACUGCUGCAAGCAAGCCCAAUGUAUUACCAUGUUCAGUUAUAAUGCUGAAGAAUAAAUUUUAUUUUAUUUUUAAUUUCGUACUUUUGACAGCUUGCUCGCAAUAAAUAAGUUGUAUCAGCCGUGUGAACCCAGUAUUUCGCUAUUCGUGAUCUUCAAAAUGUUGGCAGAAUAUCUUCUAGUAAUUCUAUCUGUAUGUAUAAUAAGAUCCAGAUUACAAAGAAUGGAUGGGUCACCUUUUCCUGCAGAUAGCCAUUAUAGUAUGAACAUUAAUAUGCCAGAUGUUAGACCUGAUGUACCUGAUGCUUAUUUAUGUACUGCUAGGAAACUGAAUCCUAAGGAAGCCUACAUUGUUAAAUAUGAUCCUGAUGUCAGUGCCAGAACAGCACACCAUAUGCUUUUAUUUGGUUGCAAAGACCUGCAGAAUCAAAAUCAUUUGUAUCCAGCUUAUUGGAACUGUGCCCAUGGAGAUAUGUGCAACAGAAUGAGUAUCGUGUAUGGAUGGGCAAAAAAUGCUCCAGCAAUGGAACUUCCUCCAGAUGUUGGAUUUUUAAUUGGAGGUAAUAGUUCCAUCCAUUAUAUAGUGCUGCAAAUUCACUAUGCCAAGCCAUUGCCUGAGGGAACUACAGAUAAUAGUGGUCUGAAAUUACACCUAACUUCUCAAAGGCAGCGAUACAUUACUGGCAUACGUUUAUUGCUGGGUGAUAAUGCUCGCAUACCUCCACAUAAACCAAAAUAUCACAUUGAUGUAAACUGCAAAUUUGAUGAGAACUAUGUUAUUCACCCUUUUGCAUAUCGAGUGCACACACAUAAACUUGGAGUGGUCGUAUCCGGUUAUUACUAUAACACUGUAAAUAACAGUUGGAUAUUUCUUGCCAAAGGAAAUCCUCAAUGGCCGCAGGCUUUUUAUCCAAUGCAGAGGAAACAUACAAUCACCAAUAAUGACAUUUUAGCGGCACGGUGUACUUAUAAUUCCAGUGAGAUGAAUGUUCCUGUGAAAAUAGGCUCUUCUUCAACUGAUGAAAUGUGCAAUCUGUAUCUUAUGUACUAUACUGAAUAUAGAAAUGCACUCUCAGGACAGUCUCCACCUUGUGUAGGCGUUCAGUUUAGAGAAUUAGUCCAGGAUUUGCCUCCAGGCAAUGAUAUUCCAUUGCCAAGAAAUCCAGAGAUGGAGCAGCAGGCUUUUGGAGGUGUUCAUCAUCACACAGCAAUAACUUAUAAGAACAUUGAAAAGGAUGGAUUUUCUUCACCAUCUUUUAAUGCAGGAUUUUCAUUGAGUGAUACAAGCACACAUUAUGGACCAAAGAUUAGUGCUAAUGGACAACUAAAUAACGAAUAUAUGUACAAAGAAGUUUAUGGGUGGCCUUCAAAAGAUUUAAAAUUUGGACAGAUUGCUGCUGUUACUCUUGAUCAUAAUGGAAAUGUUGCAAUUUUUCAUCGCGGUGAUCACGUAUGGAAUGAAUUAACAUUUGAUUAUUACAAUAAUUACUUACCUCCCAGAGAUCAUCCUAUAAAAACACCUACUGUCAUUAUUUUGGACUCAGUUACUGGCUUGGUUAUGAAACAGUGGGGAAGUGGCAUUUUUUAUAUGCCACAUGGUCUCUUUAUAAGUGGAGAUGGAAGUUUUUGGUUAACGGAUGUUGCGCUUCAUCAGGUGUUCCAGUUUUCUAGCACAGAUCUUGAAAAGCCAGUUUUGACUUUGGGUGAAAGAUUCAUUCCUGGAAAUGAUAAUGGACAUUUCUGCAAGCCUGCUAGUGUUGCUGUUAGUAAAAAUGGAGAUAUAUAUAUAGCUGAUGGGUAAAUUUUUUUAUCAUCAAUGAGAAUUUUAUCUUGAAAGUAACAUCAAAAUGUAGGAUUUUUCAAACUAUUUCCCUGAACAGUUGAUCUUUCACCUAAAGCAUUUCCUGUAUCUUGUAAUACUGUAUUAAAAAAUUUAAGCAUGCAACACUAAAUUUGACAUAAUGUGAAAGGUAUAUUUUGGCUGACUGCUUAUAUCAAU